CAUUAGCGCCAACUUGAUUGUGGGCACUGGCUCUACUCCGCCGUUGCCGAAUCAGUGCGAGCCCGAGCAAAACGCUACGGAGACGUCGACGUUGCCGCCUGGUGGGGUCGGCUGGGAGGGGGCGGGGCACCGGCCCGGUGGGGAGUCUUUGGGGCCGUGGAAAGGAUGCCGAAGAAGAAGAAGAAAAGUACAGAGGGGCCCAAUUCCCGGGCCCAAGAUCAGGAAGAAGAGGAGUCAAGGGGAGAGUCGAGUGCCCAGCUGAAGCGCAGCUUUGGUGAUGCUUUUAUUGUUAUAUCUGACAGUGAUGGAGAGCAAGAGUCAAAGGAGGAGUGUGAUCUGCAGAAGAAAAGAACAAAGCAGCAGCUGGAUAGAGCGAAGUUUGCAGCAAAGAGAAAAAUUGCACAGAUGACGGAAGAUGAACAGUUUGCCCUGGCUUUGCAAAUGAGUGAGCAAGAAGCCAGGCAGUUGAACUCACAAGAAGAGGAAGAGGAAGAGCUCCUGAGAAAGGCUAUUGCUGAGAGUCUCAGUAGCUGCCAGCCCUGUGAUUCUUCCACUGCAGCUGCUCAGCCCCCUCUUGCCCAGGUGCCUGAGUCUCCAGCGCCAAGCCACCCAGCUGGACCAGAGAAUUCUGAGCUCCUCACUGCCCCGCCGCCUCUCUCUGAAUCUCUUUGCUCCGAGGGCAGCUCCCUCUCACCCAGCCACAAAGCUGAUGAGAAUGGACAGACAGAUGUCGCCAAGAGGCCCCUUGUAGUCCUGACGAGGUUGAGCCAGGAGAUAGUUGAAGGCUCACUGGUCUCUAGCAUAAUUGUAGCUCCAGAGAAAAGCCAGCCUUCUGCAAGAUCAAAUGAAGGGUCUUCCUCACCAGCAGGCAGCGAUUCCAGUGACACGCCACCCAGUCUUCAAGACCUAUUUGCCUUAAGUCCCACCUUUCCCCGAAGGCCUCUGGGUGCUUGGCCGCUGGCACCUCGGCGCCUCUUUGCAGGAGGGUGCAGCCCUUCAAAACCGGCAAACCAGAAAAUAGAAAAUCAUUCCCAAAAUUGUUCAGAGGGAGACCCUCUUCCUGGGUGCUCAGAAGCCCUAGUAAAAGUGCCUCAGAAGCAUAGCACCCUGGACCACCACACUAGUCCAGGUUCUGAGCUUGAACAACAGAUCCAGCCUAGGGAGAAGGCAGGUCUUUCUACCGGGUCCCUGAAAGGGACUGAAAUGCCAGAAAAUGCCCCACCACUUUGCACAUGUCAAACAGCAGAUGAGGAGGGCAAGCAAGAAGAGGACCAAGACACAGUACACUAUUACUGGGGUGUCCCAUUCUGCCCUAAAGGAGUCGAUCCCAAUAAAUACACCCAAGUCAUCUUGUGCCAGCUUGAAGUUUAUCAGAAAAGCCUAAAACAAGCUCAGAGGCAGCUCCUGCAGAAGAAGAAGUUUGGGGAGCCAGUUGUUCCUAACUCGUGUUCUUUGAGCCAAAGUGAACACGGUACAGAAGAAGAAGAGUGUUUUAAGGGAAAUAGAGGUGUGGAUGAACGGGAAAGAGAAGAUAUGGACGACAAAAAGGAACCUGAGAGCGUAGCUUGGCUUCUUUCCUCAGCAAAUGGAGAACUGGACAAAAAUCCAAAGCAGAAUGCGGCCACGGGAGAAAACUCUGAGCAUGGAGAUGAACCAGUUAGCAGCUCCUGUCAGAAGCAGGAGUGCAGUUCAGCCUGUGCCGUCAGGUCUCACAAUCUUGGAUCCAGCGAGGCUAUAUUUAAACACACCUUAAAGGCCUCCCAAGUUCUGUUUGCAGAAGAUGUCCUUGAAGAAGGGGAGCCCAUGCAGAUUACACAAAGCAUUUCUGCCUUGACUCCCCUGGAUAGCAGGAGAAGCCCAGACAUUGCAGCUGAGAAUCGUGCCGAAGAGGAAAUCACCAUUUGUCCUGAGACCCAGCCGAGUCCAUCGCAAGCUAUUGAGCCCGAGAGCAGAGAAAUCCAUUCAUCCAGCAAAGAUGUCUCUCUGCAGGCUGACGCAGAUGAAGAUGCUGGGAAGAGUGUGUCUGCACCCAGCCUUCCAGCUGAUGGUGCUGUCUCAUGUCCAUUGUGUGAUCGCAGAUUCCCAGUUUUGGAAAUUGAGCGACAUGCCAUGUAUUGUAAUGGCACAGGAGAGGACAUAGAAGAUGCUCCAGUGAUGACACGGCGACAGAGGGAAGCCAAGAGCAGAGCUGCCUGGGGCAAAGAGACAUCACAAUCUGUAGGCGCUGGCAAAUAUGAGAAGUGUUACAUCUGCAAGUCUCUGGUGCCGAUAAAGGAGUACCAGAGGCAUGUUGAUGGCUGCCUUCAACUCCAGAGCUGCUCCAAAAGCGCUAACGGAACCCAGGGUGGCAGGAGGCUGCGGCGUGCAAAGGAUGAGGGAAGAAAUGAAGGCCGACUCCUAAACCUGUUGGAGCAGUCCGAACACAAAGCUGCAGAUGGAGAGACGGGGGCCACACAGUCUGGAGAAGACUUAAGGUGCAGCUCACCAGAGGUGGACAAGGAGGCUGAGUGUGACAAGGAUGACUGGAGCCAUUUUCCCCAUGCCUCUUGCAGUGACUCUCCUAUUAAAUCCUUCACCUCUAUUUCAGAAGCCAAAAGCUGCCUAGUAGACUUUAAAAAACAGUUGGCCACAGGCUCAGGCGAUCGGCAACAAACCAAAGCCAGCUUCAGGAGAAGGAAGAAAUUCUGAGUCUUGCACAAUUAGAAAGGGAAUUCAGAGUGGAAUAGGAAGCAAUGCUUUCUAUUCGACUGACUUUGCUUGGCAGGAAGAGCAUAGCCUCCCACACACCGUCAUCCAUCCCUCUUCUGUACAUUGUGUAUGAAUUGUACAAGCAUUUGUCAUGAAUUGAAUUGAUUGUGGAUUUUAUA